AUGUCAAUUGGAGCCCCGGUAAAAUUGCUAUAUGAAGGCAUCGGCCAUAUAGUAACAAUAGAAUUACAGAAUUCGAACUUAUACAGAGGAACACUGACAAAUGUAGAAGACAAUAUGAACUGCCUGUUAGAAGGAGUUACAAUGACCACCAAGGAUGGAAGAACAUUAGCUCUCGAGCAAGUUUAUUUGAGAGGAGCACAGAUUCUGUUUAUGAUCUUCCCGGAUAUGCUAAGGCACGCACCAAUGUUUAAGGCGAACCCUAAGGAUAGGACGAAAACAUUGCCUCAGUCAACAGGUCCUAUGCCAACAAGGCCUGGAAUGCCUUCAAACGUUCCAAUGGGAGUAAUGGGAAAAAUGUAG